ACUGAUUCAGUAGGGUCUCAGACUUGGGAUACCAUCAGCCUAAAAACUGUGUUGGGAGGAAAUACAGUGGAACCUCUGCAAUGCCCUCCCUUGUGAAUUUUCGACUUAAGAAUUUGCAAGAAUUUUGCAUCGGUAUAUGAAGACUUUUUGGCAGACAAACAAACUGAACACCUGCUGCACGUCGGUCCGGGAGCCAUUCAAAACGUGUUAUCGUCAGUGGAAAGCCAAGUGAAGCGAGUUUACAAAUUUUUACAUUUUUUUUCCAGUCAGUGAAAGCUGUUUGGAAAGACUCAACCCACGAUACCAACUUCACCUUCAGCAUGCGUUCAAAAGCUAGGUGAUUUUUCGGGUGUUUUUUUGUUGACAGAUCGGUGGUGUGGGUGAUCUGUUCUAUUUUUAGCCCAAGCUUGGUGGCACGACUUCCUGUGAGGAGCCUUGACAUGGAAUGCUUGGCUUGGGUCAGUUCUUUGUAAGCAGCCAUACAGUUUCCAUACGCUUUGCUUUGGUCAUAUUUUUGGGCGGCUGGAACGGAUUAUCUGCAUUUACGUUAUUUAUUAUGGGGAAAUUCGUUUCCAAUACAAAUUUUCACCUUAAGAGCUCGCCUCCAGGACGGAUUAAAAUUUGUAUGCUGAAGUUCCAUUGUAAGCAAACAGGGAAAUAAGAGCUAGUUUAAAUACUUCAGGAAGAAGUAGGUCUUCAUCCAUUGUUUGAAGAUGGUUAGUAACUCUGCUGUUUGGACAUAUUGGUGAAGUUCAUUCCACCACCCUGGUGCCAGAUGUAAACCUACCUCUUACCCUGAGAGAUGGUGGGAUGAGGCGAGCAGUGCUGUAGGAUUAGUGUGAGGACUGAUUAGAGCUUUGAGGUAAGAGGAAACUGGUCCAUUCUUGGUUUUGUAGGCAAGCAUCAGAGUUUUGAAUCUGAUGUGUGCAGCUAGAGGAAGCCAGUGGAGGGAGUUCAGCAGUGGGGUGGUGUGGGAGAACUAGGGCAGAACCUUUGCUUGCCCAAAAAACUACUCCUGAAAACUCUCCUAAGAAUCUGAACCCUGGUUCACAUGAUGAGACAAGACCAAAAUUUUCCCAGCUCCAAAAGUUAUUCAUUAUCAUCCUCUGGUAUGCAGAACCGUUCUUUUAAUAAGUAAUUUGAUGUGAGGAUUUGCACAGAUCCAGAAGUUGAAGAGUAACUGCAGUAACUGACAAAGUGCUGAAUCUUCAAAUCUUCACAGGACACGAUCUUCACUGAUCGCCUCCUCCUUCCACAUUAACCAUGAUUGUGCAUCUCUCCAAAAGUCUGAGAAGUUCAUAGGGCCAGAAAUGACUGCUUGUUUGUUCACAUUUGCAGGAUCGAUGCCGACCAUGUCGGGGUGGAAGUUGUGUCGUUCGUUGUGGUAUGCGAUCUCGCUGCUGUCCGUCUUGCUCAUUGCUCUGCUCUACUACACUCCUUCCUUCCGAUGUCUGACCCAAGAACUCGCAGAACCCAUCAUGAACCCUGGACACCGCCCCGUCUUGGUGCUCAUCUGGCUCUGGCCCUUUAACCAGACCUUCGAGCUCGACCUCUGCAGCUCCCUCUUCAACAUCCAUGGCUGCAUCCUAACAGCCAACCGGGAUUUCAUCGAGAAAGCCGACGCCGUCCUGAUCCACCACAGGGACAUCGCUUGGGAUGCGUCGAAUCUCCCGUGGAUUCCUCGUCCUCCUCAUCAGAAGUGGAUCUGGAUGAAUUCUGAGUCGCCGUCGAACACGGCUCGGAUCCCUGGCCUCGACGACCUAUUUAACGUCUCGCUCAGUUACCGCAGAGACGCCGACAUCAGCGUGCCUUACGGCUCUCUGGUUCCGGUUCACGACGGAUUUGAGGACUUUGUGGACUUUCUACCUUCUGAAAAGGACAAGCUUGUGUGCUGGAUUGUUAGCAACUACAAGCCAGAACACAGGAGGGUGCAGUACUACGAGCAGCUCAGCAAGUACGUCCAGAUUCACGUCUACGGCGAGUUUUUCGAGAGGCACGUUUCCGAGCAGGAAUACAAAGACAUCAUCUCCAGCUGCAAGUUCUACCUGUCCUUCGAGAACUCCGCGCACAAGGACUACAUCACGGAGAAGCUGUUCAAUGCCCUGGAUCUAGGCGCCGUUCCCAUAGUCUUUGGGCCUCCCAGGAAGAACUACGAGUGCUUUAUUCCCGGUGACGCCUUUAUCCACGUGGACGACUUCCCUUCCAUGAGGGCUCUGGCUAAACAUCUCUUUCUUUUACACCAGAACCAAGCCUUGUAUCUCAGGUACUUCAGGUGGAGGAGACAUUUCCGAGUGAAGACCGCUUACUUCCCGGUGGAGAAUGCCUGUCGUUCCUGCGAGUACAUUCGACAGAACCGGCAGUACCAGGUUCUUACAAAUAUGUACCAGUGGUACUGGGAUAUGAGCAAAGAACUUGACCUGCCUCCAUCUUUCUACUAACCUGAACAGCUCCAUGAGUUUUUUUUUUUUUUUUUUUUUUUCUUUUUCUUUCUUCUCUCUUCCUCAGAUUCCUCAGGUUUUUCCAUCAUCUUUCCGAUCCUAAAAGCUGGAAUGUUUGAAAUCAAUACUUAUCUGUAUUCAAUUACCUCAAUGUAUUUAAUUGAAUUAUUCCAACGCAACACGUUUAUUCCUCUUCUUCUGUGACAACAAGUUCCUCCCUAGCGACUGAAGAAAAGGAGCUGGGUUCUGACAUGGAUUGUUUUCUAGCUUCUACGAUCAUGAGACGCUUUAAAAAAUAAAAAAAGGAAAAGACCUGACUGAAAAAAAAAUGAAAUAAAUAAAUGCAAAUAACGCAGUGGCUUUGAGAUUGCGAU